UUAGGGUCCCAAACUACACACACACAGAUUUGUUGGAAUAUUACGUUACAGUCCAGCAGGAAAAUGGCGACUGUCAUUCAUAAUCCUCUGAAAACUCUGGGGGAUCAGUUUUACCGAGAGGCCAUCGAACACUGUCGCAGUUAUAAUGCACGACUCUGCGCUGAGAGGAGCGUGCGCAUGCCAUUCCUCGACUCACAGACAGGGGUCGCUCAAAACAACUGCUACAUCUGGAUGGAGAAGCAGCACCGCAGACCAGGUCGGGCGGCGGGACAAAUGUACACGUAUCCCGCUCGCUGCUGGAGGAAGAAGAGGAGACUCCACCCUCCUCUGGACCCGCAACUCCGACUGUGCGAGCUACGACUAGAGGCAGAGUUGGCUCCUAAACGUGAGGCUCCUCCGGGGGAGGCCACGGCUCUGGAGGCUCUGCUCAGAGGAGACAGUCUCCUGGAGAAGAAGAGUCUGAGCAAAGACGAGGAGACGCUGCUGGAGAUACAGAGAGUUUUAGAAGCCGAGGAAAAUGGCGACGCGUUUCAGGACGACGAGGAUUUUGAGCUGGACACUCCGAAGAGGAAGAACCGGAACAGAGGAAAAAACCGAGGGUCGAGUCGGAGGAGGGCGGAGCCUGUGAACAACGACGACCAGGACAAGCCUUACGUCUGUGACAAUAGAUACAAACAAAAGCAUAACUCAAAAAGGGCUGAAGAAGUUUGUGGGAAACGUUACAAGAAUCGCCCAGGCCUGAGUUACCACUACACACACACUCACCUCGCCGAAGAGGAGGGCGAGGAAGAGAAAGAGCCCGAGAUCGCUCCGUCUCCUCCACCUCCUCCAGACACACACAAACCUCAGAAAGGUCCAGACGGCUCCAUCAUUCCAAACGACUACUGCGACUUCUGUUUGGGCGACCAGGACUCCAACAGGAAAACCGGACAAGCCGAGGAGCUGGUGUCCUGCUCCGACUGUGGACGCUCCGGACACCCGUCGUGUCUGCAGUUCACAGAGAACAUGAUGCAGGCCGUGAGGACGUACCAGUGGCAGUGCAUCGAGUGCAAGUCCUGCUCCCUGUGCGGGACGUCCGAGAACGACGACCAGCUGCUGUUUUGUGACGACUGUGACAGAGGAUACCACAUGUACUGCCUCAAGCCCCCGAUGACACAACCUCCUGAAGGAAGCUGGAGCUGUCACCUGUGUCUGGACCUGUUAAAAGACAAAGCCUCUGCGUUUGGAGAAGCAUAACAUCUGAAACAUCUGAAACAUGUGAAACAUCUGAAACACCUGAAACACCUGAAACAUCUGAAACACCUGAAACAUCUGAAACACC